AUGGCUCCGGUGUAUAAGAUUGCUGUGAUACAGCUACAUCCAAAGCCUCUAGAUAUAGAAGGCAACCAUGCUACGGCCGUUAAGUAUAUCCGUGACGCAGCAGCUCAAGGUUGCCAUCUCGCCGUCCUUCCAGAGUAUCAUCUCACAUCUUGGGUCCCCGACUCCCCCGACUUCAUCCCGCUCUGCGCGCAAUACCAAAAAUACCUCAACUCCUACUGCACCCUCGCAGCCGAACUAAAAAUCAACAUCGUCCCCGGCACCAUCGUCGAAAAACACGCCGACUCCCUCCUCAACAUCGCCUACUUCAUCUCCUCCACCGGCACCAUCCUCUCGCACUACCAAAAGAAAAACCUCUGGCACCCCGAACGCCCACACCUCACCUCCUCCCUGCACACACCUCACACCGCAUUCUCCACCCCACUAGGCAAAGUCGGCAUGCUGAUCUGCUGGGAUUUAGCGUUCCCUGAAGCGUUCCGCGAACUCAUCGCGCAGGGCGCGAAGAUCAUUAUUAUCCCUACGUUCUGGACGCUCGCGGAUUGUAGGGCGGAGGGGAGGAGGAGGAAUCCGUUGGCGGAGGAGUUGUUUCUUGAGAGUAUGGUUGUGGCGAGGACGUUUGAGAAUACGUGUGCGGUUGUGUUUGUAAAUGUUGGGGGCGAGAGGGGGAGUGGGGAGAGGGGGGAUUGGGCGGGAGGAAGUCAGGUUGCGGUGCCGUUUGUGGGGGCGUUGGGGAAGUUGGGGUGGGAGGAGGGGAUGGGUGUUGUGGAUGUUGAUAUGGAGAUUUUGGAGGAAGCUGAAGAGAACUACAAAGUGAGACAGGAUAUGGCGAAGGAGGGUUGGCACUACGAGUACUCUUUGACAAGGAACCAGCCAGCAGAAGGAGGAUCGUAG